GGCCCGAGUUGGACGAAAGUUUGAAGGAGUUUGGGAAAAACCGCGAAGUCAUGGGGCUCUGUCGGGAAGACAUGCCAAUAUUUGGUCUCUGUCCAGCCCAUGAUGAUUUCUACUUGGUGGUGUGUAACGACUGUAAUCAGGUUGUCAAACCGCAGGCAUUUCAGUCACAUUAUGAAAGAAGACAUAGCUCAUCCAACAAGCCUUCUUUGGCCGUUCCUCCCACUUCAGUAUUUCCCUUCUUCCCUUCUCUGUCCAAAAGCAAGGGAGGCAGUGCAAGUGGAAGCAGCCGCUCUUCCAUUGGAGGGGCUGUGAGCGCAUCCUCGUCCAGCUCCAGGUCACUAAAGUCACCCAAAGAGAAACCGCAGCUCAGGGGGAACACCAGGCCAAUGCACCCCAUUCAGCAGAGCAGAGGCCCCCACAGCAGAAUCAUGACGCCCUCGGUGAAAGUGGAGAAGAUUCAUCCAAAGAUGGAUGGAGCACUACUGAAACCCGCGGCGGUGCCGCCGUGCCCCGCUGCCGUGAGUUCCUCAGUCAAGCCUGGCCUUAACUGCCCCUCAAUACCAAAGCCAGCCCUGCCUUCACCUGGACAGAUGCUGAACGGCAAAGGGCUUUCUGCACCGCCCACUCUGGAGAAGAAGUCUGAAGACAGUUCCAGUAAUAAGAAGUUUUUAAAUAAGAGAUUAUCAGAGAGAGAGUUUGAUCCUGACAUCCACUGCGGGGUCAUUGAUCUCGACACCAAGAAGCCCUGCACCCGGUCUCUAACGUGUAAGACACAUUCCUUAACCCAGCGGAGGGCUGUUCAGGGUAGAAGAAAACGGUUUGAUGUGUUACUAGCCGAGCACAAAAACAAAACCAGGGAAAAGGAAUCGCUCCGCCAUCUGGACUCGCAGCAACCACUGCAGCCGCUCAGGGACCCGCACGCCGCCCCGCCCCGGACGCCCCAGGAGCCGCACCCGUGCGCCCACGGAGUGACUCCUCCGGAAUCGAAGCCUUGCGUAGCUAGUAAACCGAAACCUCACACCCCCAGUCUUCCAAGGCCUCCUGGCUGCCCUGCCCUGCAAGGUGGGAGUGCCCCCAUCGACCCUCCGUCAGUCCUGGAGUCUCCACAGCCUCCCCUGCCUGCCUCUGAGCCAGCGUCUCGGUUAUCCAGUGAGGAGGGCGAAGGCGAGGACAAAGAAGAGUCUGUUGAAAAACUGGACUGUCAUUAUUCAGGUCAUCAUCCUCAGCCAGCAUCUUUUUGCACAUUCGGGAGCCGGCAGAUCGGCAGAGGCUACUACGUGUUUGACUCCAGGUGGAACCGACUUCGCUGUGCCGUCAGCCUCAUGGUGGAGAAGCAUCUGAACUCACAGCUGUGGAGGAAAAUCCCGCCAGUGCCCAGCGCCACGCCGCCCGUCUCCACCCGCGCUCCUCACCGGACAAGCUCGCUGCCGACGGCACAGUGUGGGCUCGGCUGUCUCGGGGCAGCCACUGUCCCCACGCCGCCUGUGCUGCUCCCGUCUCCCUGCCCCUCCCCGAGCGGCAGGUCAGCACCAGCUCACGGAACCACGCUGAAUGCACAGCCCGCCGCCUCCGGGGCCGUGGACCCUGCGUGCGGCAUGCAGCCCCGGCAGGUGUCCUCGUCCUCGUCCCCGUCCACGCCCUCUGGCCUCUCUUCCGUCCCCUCGUCCCCCAUGUCCAGAAAACCUCAGAAGUUGAAAUCCAGCAAGUCACUGAGGCCCAAGGAGUCUCCUGGCAGCAGCACUAACUGUCACAGCGCCCACAGCAGUGACGGCGGCGGCUCAGGAAGGAAGCGCAGGAACAGCUCCCCACUGUCGGUUCACUCUGCCGCCUCUUCUGCCCAUUCCGUGGAGCCCUUUAGGAAAAACUGUGUGGCCGCCCCCGGGCCUCCCUACCCGCCCCCCGCGACCCCCUCCCACAGCACGGGCCUCAGCUGUGUGACGAACCGCGCGCACUCGGGGAGCCUGCGGCACGAGCAGUCAGGCAGGGGCCCCCCUGGCGGGAGCCCCACGGAGUCCAUCAAGCGCAUGAGUGUGAUGGUGAACAGCGGCGACUCCACGCUCUCCCUCGGCCCGUUUGUCCACCAGGCCGGCGAGCUGCCCGUCAACUCCCACGGCGGUUUUCCCCACUCACACACUCCUCUGGACAAGCUCAUAGGAAAGAAGAGAAAGUGCGCCCCGGGCCCAAGCAGCAUCAACAGCAGCAGCAGCAAACCCAGCAAGGUGGCCAGGUUGCCCCCGGUGAACAACGUCCACAUGAAACACACAGGCACCAUCCCGGGGGCGCAAGGACUGACGAACAGUUCCCUCCUUCACCAGCCAAAGGCACGUCCCUGACAGCCGCGAAUAGCGUGGGGAGGAACCCUCCGGACACUCUUGAGGACAAGUUACACCUGCACGCAGCGCUCUGGACUCCCUGAUGCCUUGAGUC